CUUGUAGCUCCAUUUGGUAAGUAAUUGGAGAGAAAAUCUGAGCUGAUCGAGUGGGCUUUGCUUGGUGGGUGAGAGCUUUAGUUUUUACUUGUCAUGAUGGAGAGAGAGUUUAGUGAGAGCUAGAAAUCAGAGAGAACAGAGCUCACAAGAGUCGGUCUAGCAAGGAAACGAGGAGUGGAGCGAGAAUUUUGGCGACAAAUUUGACAAUAUAUUAGUGCUCUAGAUUUGCACAUAUGGUUUGAAUUUCGAAAAAAUAGUUAGCAAAAAGGGAGAGAUUUUUUGGUCAUAAAUUUGCAUAUAUGAGCUCCUCUCUCGUCUCAUUCCAUCUGAUCUGUCUCUCAGACAACCAAACUAGAUGUGAGAAAAAUCUGAAAUCCCACUAACUGUGUUUUCUCUCUCUCAAAUUCCUCAUCUUUUUCCAAUUUUGUUUGUGCUAAAAACGUGCCUAGGCUCUUGGGUUUGUUCCCCUCUCUCUGCGAGAUUUUGGGUAAUCUUAAAUUCCUCCCACACAGAGAUCAGUUUGUUUUCAAAUCAUGGUUCUUCAAAAUCCAAGAUUUGGGUCCUUCUCUCUCCAAUCUUUGUUCUUUCUUUCAUAACUCAAAGCACAUAAUGAGAUUUAAAGGGUAGGGGUAGAGCCUGAAGAAGAAGCUCUCAUGCUUUCUUUCUGGGUUUUUGAUUCCACAUUCAUUCUUGCAAUCUGUGUGAACUUGUAGGAGUGUAGAUGGAAGAUAGCAAAAAUGGGUAAAGAGGAAAUAACCCAGAAGUGUACUAGUCCUACUGGUGGCUUUGGUAGAUCCUCAAAUUCCAAAAAGACUAAUAAGCAAAAGAAAGUGCCACAGAGAGGUUUAGGUGUGGCUCAGCUUGAGAAGAUCAGAUUAGAAGAACAGCAAAAGAAAGCUGCUUCUGUUUUGACAUCACCAACCCCACCUGCCUCUAAUUCCUUACCAUCACCAACCAAAUCAUCUCCAUGUGUUCCUAAUCCCGCUCCAAUUAGACAUUAUCAACCACCCUCUUCAAUCCCAUUUCCAUCUCUGCCAUCACUGGAUCUGCCCUCACCAAACUCGAUUUUCAGGCCACCCAAUGCCGAUGUUGUUCGAAAGCCGAACAGUAUUAGUACUGUUCCAUUGCCUAACAAGGGGACUCAUGGGUUUGAGAUUCCGGGACAUGGAAAUGUUGUUGUUCCCAACUUGUGGAAUCCCAAUUGUGAGUACAACAGUGCUGAUCUCAAUAAGGAGAGUUCAUCAGGAAUUUUGGAUCCCGGAUUCGCAUUUCGGCGUAGUUUGAAUAAUUUGCCUACUUUCGAUAACUCCAACGCGAUUUGGGCUCUCCCCAAUUUUCCACAAAGAACACACCAAUUUCAUCACCAACCACCACCACCACCACCUCCUCCUUCAUUGGUGAAUGUCUCAUCAGCUACUUCAUUAUUGUCAUCAUCAUCUGUACUAAACUUUCACACAGAGCCCCCUUCAAACCAAAGCUAUCACAGCAACUAUACUACACCAAUGUGGUCAGAGGAAGAAAGGAUGGUUGCCAUGAAAAGGCCAUAUCCCUUUUCUCACGACAAUGAGGCUCCCUCAAUCAACUUCAAAUUCCCAACCUUUGCUCCUCCUCCUAUGAGGACAGAUGAAACAACUUCAUGUGGGAACAGAGGAGGCACCUUCAAUUUAGACCCUGACGGCAACACAAUCUUCAGAGAAGGCUCUACCUGCUCAACUUCGAUUUCGGAGUCCAAUUCGAAGAUUAGCAUAAAAGAAAAUGGGAGUGUUAAUGGAGAUUUUCUCACACUUGCCCCUCCUACAACUAAUAGGACAUGUCCGAGCCCAAAGUUUAAUUUUCCUCCAGCUUAUCUAGCAUUCCAUAACCCUGAAGUCCCCGAUUUCGCCUCAUUUCCUUAUAAAGGAAGUUCAGAAGAUACAAUUUUACAGUCAGGACCAAGUGGUUCAACUCCACAACAGGCUUUCUACACCUUCAUCCCACCAGCAAAAUCACAAAUUGUUAAACCAGCAGCAACCAUAAACAAUUGUAAUGGUGAAGUAGGAGAAACUGUUGAUCUCAAUUUGAAAUUAUAAAUGGUCUUAUAAACUUUGCCAGGCUAGUUGUUCUCCAUUCAGUGAACCAUGCAUAGGAAAUUUUUUAGCUUUUCAUAAAGUUCUGCCGAGUAGGAUAGAUGUCUAAAUUUGCAUAUGUAAGCUUGAGCAUUGUGAAAGCGUGGGAGAGUUGAUUAAAAAAAAAAAUGGAGAUUUGUCUGUUUGAGUUGUUACA